AAUGUCUCGUAUGUGGAGCCACCGAUGUAACUGAAACUCAUUCCAUAUCAAAUCAAUGAAUGAAUUCAGUGUUAUUCUGACUUCCAAGUGAAUCACAAGAACAACAUGGAUUGGAUUUUAUAUUAACGCUAAUUAUGAUUAUUUCGUUAUAAUUCACGUGGUUAUUUUAAUUAUCCUGUCAAUCGUUCAAUGAAAAACUUAAUCAAUUAAGUUAAAAUUAAAAAACAGUCAAUCAUCAAUUAAAAAUGUUAACGGUGUUAAUUCAUAAGUGUCGUUUACGUCGUGAGUCCAAGACCAAAAGGACUUUUUAAUUGUGACUCGUUUUCUCAAGGAUAAUUAAGGAGACAUCGGAUUCUCUUCAAAGGUAAAUAUUAUCAGAAAAUAGUAUAAAAAUAGUUACAUCAUUGGAGAAAUAUUUUCGUCACCUUCAUCCUUUACAUCAUCUUCAGUAAAUUUUCAUGUAAUUAGGAUGACAAAACGAUAAAAAGACCAAUAAGAAGCCGGUGACCGUAAAACACAGAAGCAUUUCCAAUUCAGAGAAUCAGGGGAAAAAUUCAGUUCAAUAAUUUAUUCCUGAAGUCCUAUUGACUUACCUGGAGAGCUUGUUAUUUAUUGUGUCCAAUUUAGUGAACUAGUGAUUAGUUAAUUGUUCAUGUGUGUGAAUAAUAAUAUUAUUCAUAAAGUGUGACCUUGAAAUUUUCAUGAUUUGAUUCUCAAUGAAUGAUUAACAUGAUUGAUCGUCAAUUGAACAACAUGGAGCUCAAUACUGUAACUAACACAACAACCGCUACUAAAAAAGUUCACAUGAAAACUGAAUCUUCAGGAAAUAUUUCUAUGAAUAAAAAUCCAACCACAACCCAAUCAUCAUGCUCUCUAUCAUCUUCAUCCACCACCACCACCACCACAACAACAACAACAACAACAACACCAACAUUUAAAGUCUCCAAAAGGUCAACCCUUCAUACUCAAAGCUCAUUAACUUCAGAGAUGAUGAAAAGUCUGAGAAAACCUUCACCUUAUGAAGAUUCUGGUUCAGUGAAAAACUUAUCAGCUGAUCCAAAAGAUUUGCUUAUUACCAUGAAAAUAUUUUGCAAAGCGAUUCCAUUUCAUUUUAUCUGUGAUUCUAAUUUAAAUAUUGUACAAUUAGGCGAAGGUCUUCUUCGGAUUUUUGGUGGGGGUAAUCGAGCCUAUGGAACUCAAAUUUCAAGUUACUUUGCAUUCAAAGAUCCACAAGUAGAUAAUGUAAAUUAUCAAUCUCUUGUAACCAUGGCCAAUAUCCCUUUCAUCAUUAAAGUUCUAGACCCGGAACUGGAAACAAAGCCAAAGAAUCUCGAGUUAAAAGGUCAAAUUAUACCUUGUCCAGAGUCGAAAUGCCUUCUCUUCCUGAGUUCCCCUCUGGUCGAUGGUUUAGAUUCACUUACCUCUCGAGGUCUCUACCUAUCUGAUAUUCCGAUUCACGAUGCCACCCGGGACAUUAUCCUAGUCGAGGAACAGUCUCGAGCUCAGGAAAGUUUAAAACGACGAAUGGACAAACUUCGUGAAUCCAUUCAACAAGCAAACGAAGCGGUUGCCAUGGAGAGAAAGAAAAAUGUUGACCUUUUAAAUCUAAUUUUUCCCGCUCAAGUCGCCAAGAAACUCUGGUUAUCUGAACAAGUUGAAGCUCAACAAUAUGAUGAUGUGACAAUGCUUUUCUCGGACAUUGUUGGUUUCACUGCCAUCUGUUCAAAUGCCACACCCAUGAUGGUGAUCAACAUGUUGAACGCCCUGUAUACCCAAUUUGACAGUUUCUGUGGUGAAAUUGAUGUUUACAAGAUUGAAACUAUUGGUGAUGCUUAUUGUGUCGCUGCUGGACUUCAUCGUCCAAGUGAUUUCCAUGCCCACCAAGCUGCAUGGAUGGCGUUGAAAAUGAUCAAUGCAGUUAACACAGUUUUAUCACCCACCGGGUCACCAUUACAGAUGAGGAUUGGACUUCAUACUGGUUCAGUUUUGGCGGGAAUUGUGGGCAUUAAAAUGCCUCGAUAUUGUCUAUUUGGAAAUAAUGUUUCCCUUGCAAACAAAUUCGAGUCUCGAAGUGAACCAAUGAGGAUUAACAUAAGUCCAACAACUUACAAACUUUUGAGUAUCCGUCCUGGUUUCAAGUUUACCGAGCAAUCUCGAGAAUGUCUUCCACCCGGUUUUCCACCGGAAAUUCCUGGUAACGGUUAUUUUGUCGACGAUUAUAAACACACGGGAGUUGACCUUUCAGCGCCAUUGAGUGAACACAUUUCUCGAGCUUUGAUUGAUAACCAGAUCACAAUUGGAACGAUCCAACAACAAAAUCAAGAUGUAAUCGAUAUUAUCACCGGUGCAGCAACAGCAACAAUUAAAAAUGAAAAGGUAAAACAAUGUGAUGAAGACAAAUCCACCAUCAACACCAUCACUUCAACACCAACACCAACAUCAACAUCAACACCAACACCGAAACCAACAACAACACCAAUCACAAUAUCAACACCAACCGGUUGUCCAAUGUUUUCAAGUUCAUUUAAACCAAUGAACAUUAAUUUAAUCAACAAGCCCAAUGAGAGUAAAAAAUAAACUCAUUCAACAUCUAAUCAGUGACAAUUAACUUGAAAAGACAUUGUUAAACUACAGAAAUCAAGUGAAAACAGUUAAAUCAACUAAAUUAUCAACUAAUUAAACACUUUCAUUAACAAUCUUCAACUUAUAACUUGUUAUUAAACCAAUGAUAAAAAUGGAAACAUAAAAAAUGCAUUAGCAUUAUAUUAUCAAUUACAGUUACCUGAUUAUAUGAUAACGAUAAUAUCACUAUCACUCAUCUUCAUCUUCAUCAUCACCAACACUAUUAUUAUUAUUAUUACAAUAGCUUUUAUUACCAAUUGAUUAGUUUUACUUAACUUAUUAAUCACUAAUCAAUAGCAAUCAUGAUAAUAAAAGACAAAGAAUCAAUAAAAUCAAAGGUUAAUGCACCGUUAAUGGAAACACCUUAGAUAGUAACAAUUAACUGGACACAUGAAUACACACACAAUUUAAUUAAAUGUUUUUAGGGUUAAUUAUCAUUAAUUAUGAUCAACUGAUUUAUCUAAUUGAAUCCCCUUUGUAUCAAUAAAUCCCUUUAAAUGUUAUAACGAAUCCUUUACCCUUAAUUUUAACUGUUACAAUUAACUAACUACUAUUAAUGAUUAAACUUUUAUCCUAAUUCUGUAUCCAUAUAAUAUUUACAAACCAAAUCAAAAAGCUAAUUGUUUUAAUCCCAAUAAU